CCUAUUUUGUCUGGAAGUCAUUCACAAUUGUGGAACAUACUCCUUCAAUACAAUACAAUGGUCGCCAAAGCUCUUCUUUACGUAUGCGCUUCUGCGCUUUUCGCCCAGUGCGCUCUUAGCCAAUGCCUUGGCCGUAUCGGUGCCCCGCUUGCCGCUCCCCUGGCCGCACGCCCCGCUCUGGCACUAGACGGUUUGGCAUAUGAUGGUCUAGCUUUCGACGGCCUCACUGGCUGGAACGCCGGUCGUCUUGGCUGCGGCGCCUACGGACCCGCCAUCGCUCCCGCUGCAGACAUCGCCGCCGCCAGCACUCUCAACGCCGCCUACGGUGGUGGUCUGCCUGUCGCAACUGCCUCUGCCGCUGCCCCCACCGGCCUCGCUGUCGCCUCUGAGAACGUGUACGAGGGACCCGUCGCCGUGGCCGGUAACCUGCCGUUCCUCGGCACCGUCGCUAUGGAGGGAGUGUUCCCGACCGCCGGCGCCGGCGCUGUGUCCUACGGUUGCGGUGACGGUGCCGUCGCCAUUACCGCCGAGGGUCCCAUUGCUGGUCCCGCCGCCAUUGCUCCCACUAUGGCUCCGCUCGGAUACGCCCCAGCUGCCAUCGCCCCCGCCGCCGCUAUCGCCCCCGCUAUGGCUCCUCUUGGCAUCAGAGGAAUCGGUGCCCGUGGAUGCGGCUGUGGUGCUCCCUACCUUUACUAAAAACUUUUAAAGUGUUUUAUAUACGGAACUAAAUAUAUUAUACAUCGAAUU